GUUUGUUAUGAGUUGCGUUGGGCCAAUGAGCAUCAACCACGAUCAAGUGGUCUGAUGGUUGACAGUGUAAAUCAGUGUAAAUCGUAUAAAUGAAUAAGAAACAUCUUUACAAUGGUAGCAAAUCAUAUUUUACGGAUAUUAUUAGUUAAUUUAAUACUUUUCAUAGCAUUAGCUAUAGCCUCCCGAGAUUUUUAUGCUAUUCUUGGCGUAUCAAAAAGUGCAAACACUAAUGCCAUCAAGAAAGCAUACAGAAGAUUAGCUAAGGAAUUACAUCCAGAUAAAAAUAAGGAUGAUCCUGAUGCCUCACGAAAGUUUCAAGAUUUGGGAGCCGCAUAUGAAGUCCUUUCAGAUCAGGAAAAAAGAGAAAUGUAUGAUAGAUGUGGUGAAGAGUGUCUGAAAAAGGAUGGAAUGAUGAACAAUGCUGAUCCUUUUGCAAGUUUCUUUGGAGAUUUUGGAUUUCAUUUCGGUGGUGAGCAACAGCAUGACCGAGAAACUCCACGAGGAGAUAAUCUUGUCAUGGAUCUAUUUGUAACACUUGAAGAAUUAUACAGUGGUACUUUUGUAGAAGUAGUUAGAAAUAAACUAGUAAUUAAACCUGCAAAAGGCACAAGAAAAUGUAACUGCAGGCAAGAGUUAGUGACAAAGAGCCUGGGAGUUGGAAGAUUCCAAAUGUUACAACAAACAGUUUGUUCUGAAUGUCCUAAUGUUAAAUUGGUCAAUGAAGAAAGAACACUUGAGGUCGAAGUAGAGCCUGGAAUGGUUGAUGGUCAAGAAACAAAGUUCUUUGCAGAAGGAGAACCUCAUAUUGAUGGUGACCCAGGAGACUUGAUUUUAAAAAUUCGAACUCAACCUCAUCCAAUUUUUGAAAGAAUUGGUGAUGAUCUUUAUACAAAUAUUACGAUAUCAAUGCAGGAUGCAUUAAUAGGAUUUAAAUUAGAUAUCAUUCACUUGGAUGGUCAUAAAGUACCAGUAACGAGGGAUAAAGUGACAAAACCUGGUGCUAAAAUUAGAAAAAAAGGUGAAGGAAUGCCCAACUAUGAAAAUAACAAUCUCCAUGGCACAUUGUUUAUUACUGUUGACGUUGCUUUUCCUGAAAAAGAAUUUACUGCCGAAGAAAAAGAAGCUAUCAAAAAUCUUCUGCAACAAAGUCCAAACAAUCGAGUAUAUAACGGAUUACGUGAAUCAUAAAUUUUUCAUUCAAGUGCAAUAGAACAAUUUUUAAAUUAUCAAAGUGAGAGCAAAGAGUUUGAUAAACAUAAAUAAACUUACAUGGAAUAAACCGAAGAUUCUCUUCGAUAUUUGUUGAAGAAAAUUCUCUAAACAUGAAAACAAAGAAUUCCAAUUUGUACGUAUUGCUGAUUUUUUAGCCCAAAAAUGAUUUUGCCUGUAACUAGGUAACAAUUUCUUAAUUUAUUACCAUAAUUUAAGACUCUGAGAUUCCUACUUUAUAGUGUAAAUGACAUUUGAAUCAUCGAUAACUUAAAUCUAGCGAAUUAUAGAAUGUUUUAUACUAAAUCUAUAAUUUAUUGUUAGAUAUUAAAAUAUUCAAAGUGAAAUAAAAUUGGACAUUAAUAGGUUCACAUUAUUUGCAUAAAUGACUGCAAUAAGUGUAUAUAGAUAAUAAAAUGAUUCGUUUUUUGGAAUCAACCAAAUACGAUAUUGAAAGUAA